UUAUAUAGAAGACUUGCCUCAACCUUACCUGCUCAAGGUGGGGGUCAAAUUUGAGAGAAAGUUCAUAGAAAAAGAUAAAAAGCUUAAAGCUUAAAGAAAGCUGCUGUUUUCACAAAGCAAGUGCCUUUCCUCCAUCCCUCCCAUCCCGACCCUUUUUAAUUUCUUUUCUCUCUCUAUCUUUCUCUUUCUCUUUAUGCCGAUGAAUGUAAUAUAUAUAUAUAUAUAUAUGAUAAGUCUGUGUAAUUGAUAGUGCUUGAUCCAGAACAGAACAUUAUACUCUUCCAAAUCACUAGGAUUCAGCCAUGUUGGACACCACCACUACUGGUCCUUCCUCAGAAACCACUAAUGACCUUCUUUCCAAUAAAAGGAAACGUCGCCCCGCCGGUACUCCUGAUCCAGAUGCGGAAGUGGUUUCGUUAUCGCCCAAGACGCUUCUCGAAUCGGACAGGUACGUUUGCGAGAUCUGUAACCAAGGAUUUCAAAGAGACCAGAAUCUACAGAUGCAUCGGCGCCGACAUAAGGUGCCAUGGAAACUUCUCAAGAGAGAAUCUCCAAUUGGGGAGACUAAGAAAAGGGUUUAUGUCUGUCCGGAACCAACUUGUCUUCAUCAUGAUCCUUGUCAUGCCCUCGGAGAUCUCGUCGGAAUUAAGAAACAUUACCGGAGGAAACAUAGUAAUAAUAAGCAAUGGGUAUGUGAUAAAUGUUCUAAAGGAUAUGCAGUUCAAUCGGAUUAUAAAGCUCAUAUUAAAACUUGUGGCACACGAGGUCAUUCUUGCGAUUGUGGCCGUGUUUUCUCGAGGGUGGAGAGUUUCAUCGAACAUCAAGACAACUGCACAGUCCAGAGACGUGCCCGACCCGAAAUACUUCACCCGGCUUGUUCAUCCCGAACCGCAUCCAGCACAAGCCAAUCUAGUGAUACAAAUCUAAACAUGGCUUCCCUUCAAAGAUUAUCACUCCCAUCCAGUACCCAACCCGACUCAAUCUUCUUACGACCCAACAAUACCGAACAAGAAAACCGCAACUUGGAACUCCAACUCUUGCCUUCAUCAUCAACCGAUCCCGACAGCAAUGCCACCACAUUGAAGCUCUCCAUUGGAUCUUUCGACAACAACGUCGAACAAACAACAUCGGAUAUUGAAGCAGCUAGAAUGAAGGAAACAGCCAGCGAGAUGUUAAAACUAGCAAUGGCGGAAAAGGCGUACGCGGAAGAUGCAAGGCAACAAGCGAAGAAACAGAUAGAAUUGGCUGAAAUGGAGUUUGCAAAUGCGAAGAGAAUUAGGCAGCAGGCUCAGGCUGAACUUGAGAAGGCUCAGUAUUUGAAAGAACAAGCAACGAAGAAGAUAAGUUCAGCCUUAUUGGAGAUCACUUGUCAUACUUGUAAGAACCAAUUUCAAACAACAACAAAUCCAUCGAAUUUAAAUGGGCUAAUUCCAGGUGAUGAAACAUCUCUAGCUGUGAGUUAUAUAUCAUCUGCCAUGACUGAGGGUGAAGAAUAAUAAUAUAGUCUAGAAAUCUAGAUAGAGUCUGUAAGUUGGAUUUUAUUUCUUUAAAUGUUUAUUAUUUUUCGGUUUUAUGGAAUUACUUUGUUUAUUUUUCGUUCAUGGAUUAUUAUUAUUAUUAUUAUAUGGGAAGAUGAAAAAAAUUUCAGAUUUGAGUGUUAUGUUAUCUAUAAUUUUGAAGCAGUAAGUGAAAUGAUGGUUUGUUCAUAUAAAUGAAAACAGCAUCUUCUUCUU